AGGCAGGCAGCAGCAGUAUCAGACAGCGGAGGAAGUUCACCACUUUUGUUUGGAAUUUUGCCAUGCCCAUUCCAUGUGAAAUCUAGCUAGAGUGACUUUAUUUACGUUCGAAGUGUAAUAACAUUGUUUGUCAGAGAAACAGCGAAUGAAGACGGUUUCCCUUCUGAAGAGUUCUCGAUUCCCUACGUGUCCUUUCUGAACUCAUCUUUCUAGUGUAUACAGUUCUUUCCAGACAUCACAGCAGAACUUACUUCGUCUUAACAUAUUCCAUUAUGGCAGGAGUAAACCCAGUAGCUACAGCAUCGCCCGGUGCUGCUAAAAACUGCCUUCUAAAAACCAUCCCCGAUGUCGAAAUUGACACGGGCAAGUUCAAAUACAUUCUAGUCAAGGUUCACGACCCAGCACCUGAGAAAAGCCGGGAAUACAAACAUAUCGUACGUGGAUCCUCAAAAGCUGCGUACCACGCUGACAUAUAUGAAUUAUUGGAGCCAAUCAUUGAAGAGAAAGGUUUGGAUUGUGAAUGUGUGGGUGGUGGAAGGAUAGAACAUGAUGCUAGCUCCAAAAAAAUAAAGAUUUAUGGAUAUUCACAGGCCUAUGGAAAAGCUGACCACACUGUUACCUACUUAAUGCUUCAAAGGAAGUAUGGCAGUGACUACAAUGUCACAUUCAACAAUGAUGGCUACUAGAGGCUUCACAUCAUAUUCCACAUUUUGACCCGAUUCUGGAGGAGUACACAUUAUAUUAGGCCUAAAAUUGGUACUGUGAGCCUUUGUUGUCAAACACCACUCAGCAUUAUAAGAUCUGGAGGUGAUAAGCUUUAAAUACUACAAGUGUGGUGAAAUGACUGGAGGUGAUUGACUUCUGGAACAGGAUUGCAUGUAGUACCACAUUUAAAAUUAAAUUAGAGAUUGUUAAACAUUUAACUUGCAUGAAAUUAAUGUGACUGCCAUUAUGUAUAUGCUUGACUAUCCUGAAUCACAUUGUCACAUCAGUACCAUAUCUACUUACAGUCACCAUGGUAACCUGGUAUGACAACAUCUAUCAACAGUCACCAUGGUAACAUUCUGUGACCAUGUAUACCUAUGGUCACCAUGGUAACCUGGUGUGAUCCUGUCUUCUUACAGUCACCAGGGUUACCUGGUGUGAUCACGUCUAUCUAGUCAUUAUGGUAACCUGGUGUGACCAUAUCUACCUAGUUAUUAUGGCAACCUAGUGUGACCAUAUCUACCUACAAUCACCAUGGUAACCUGGUGAGACCAUGUGUGUUGUAGAGAUACUAUCAUUUCAUGAUGUUACUACUGUAGAAUUAAUAUAGUAAUGUCAUAUGACAAUGAUAGCCUACUGCAGAUUUGCUAUGGCAACCUUAUUUUACAAGAACUACCCACAUAAAAUCUACAUGUCACGGCAGAUACUUAUAAUUUUAAAACAAACUGAAGGUCAUCAAGUAUAUUUUGUACAAAACAAAUACAUGUUUAUUUGAAUUGUGUUGAAUAGUGUUUUGCAUGUUCUUUGUUUCUUUUUAUGAAUUGAUAUAAUGAAGAAAUUAAUUUUAGUAUUUUUCAUCUUUCAAAACCAAUUUAGGAUUUUUUCGUGGUAUUAUGUGUAAAUCUACCAAUUUAUGUUCACUAUACAAUCAAAUAGCACAAAGUCACUUGCCAAAAAGAAAUGUGUUCAUGAUUUUUACAAAGGUUAGAAAAUGCAUCUAAUAUUGUAAAUGUUUGUUUGAUCUACCAAAUAAAUUUUCAUUUGUGGUGGUAAUUUACAUCAUAUGGUAAACAUUUUCUGAUGUAUUGUACAGAAUUUUAGUUCACGUGAAAUGCUAAUUAUUGUUGGUAUUUGUAUUUAAUAUUUAUAGUUGAAAACAGAAUCGUAUUUACUUGAAGUGGUUGUAGUAACCAUUUUAUUUGAACGUGAUGAAUGAAUAUCUGGUAAAAAUGUGCCUUCAUUUUUGUUUUCAAGUUUCCAUAACUGUUUUUGUGGAAAGACAUUUUUUUCUUUUCUUUUUUUUUGGCAAUGUUUGUUAUGUGGUUGAAUUUAGUGCUAAAUCAGACAAGUUUAAAAAAAUCUAUCCUGAGACAUAAGCCAAAGAUUAUCAAAUUAAUUUAAAAUUAUGUCACACUCUGUACAUACAUGUGUCUUUUGAAUAUAAUAAAAGCUUUCUAUUGUAUUAUGAUAUUUGUCAGGUUAGAGGAAGUCAGCUACCAGAUGCCUUAAGCACUGUAAGCUAUUGUUGUCACUUUGGAUUGUGCUGGUACUGAUAAUAAUGGGUUGUAUUGAUUGAACUUAUAAAUUACAAACAAUCAAUAAAUAGUUCAACUUUGUUGUUUUUAGUGUACUUUAGUUUAUCAAUGUAAAAUAAUAUGCAUUUUAUCAAUGUAGCAAAAUUUCUCUUACUUGUGAGUUUUGGUAAAUUAAUGCUGUUUCACACUAGAGUAUAUGAGGUACUGUUUUAACCUGGUAUAAUGAAAUCUACCAGAGGACAUUUUACUUGCAGCUGAUUACAAAUCAAUUACAGAAAGAAAUGUUUCACUUUGAAGACAAUGAACUUUAUAUAUAUCAUGAUAAUUAUACUUUCAGCAUUAAUAAAGAAAGAUGCAAAAUUUUGGCCGUCCUUUUAUCAUCACUUGCACCUAAUAAUGUGUGUGUUAAGGCCGUCCAUUUGGUGGAAACUUGAAAGCAACAGGAUAUUUUCAUUGUAUGUGUUGAAAAAAUAAAUUAUGUCGUAUCUAG